CCGGUCGACUUCCAAACUCAAUUGGUUUGGGAUAGCACUAAUGUGGCGGACCCUCCACGUGAAGGCGCAAACGGAGUGGAAGUAGGUAGGGAGGUGUAGUAGGGGCUAGUUUGGAUAAGGCCCUCGGUCAGCACUGCGCAGCGCCGCCGUCGAGUGCACCUACAGGUUUCGAGGCGGCGUAGCGUAUAGGUGGACUGUAGACGGAUGUGUAAUGUAUUCCAUGGGAGAUCUGGACGUCCAUUCAAGUCACAAUGUUUUGAUACAGGACAGACCUUUGCAAGAGGUCCUAGCCGCUGAUAAAAUCGUGAAGGGAACAAGGAAUGUUGCAAAGAAGGAUGGAGGAAUCAAGGACAAACUGUGCCGAGUCCCCUGCCUCUAGCUAGAUUUUGGAGGCUCCCAGUGAUGUGCCAUGGGGUACGACGUCACCAGGUUUCAAGGGGAGGUGGAUGAGGAUCUGCUGUGUCCAAUCUGCAGUGGAGUGCUGGAGGAGCCUGUGCAGGCUCCUCAUUGUGAGCAUGCCUUCUGUAAUGCCUGCAUCACACAGUGGUUUGCCCAGCAGCAGAUUUGCCCAGUUGAUCGUACAGUGGUGACGCUUGCCCAUCUGCGUCCAGUGCCGCGGAUCAUGCGAAACAUGCUAUCCAAGCUGCAGAUCACGUGUGAUAAUGCCAGCUUUGGCUGCACUGCAACGCUGCGCUUGGAUCAACUGCAGUCGCACCUGAAGGACUGUGAGCACAAUCCUAAGAGACCAGUCACCUGUGAAGCAGGCUGUGGGCUGGAGAUGCCUAAAGAUGAAAUGCAUGGUCACAACUGCAUCAGACACCUGCGCAGUGUAGUGCAGCUGCAACAGGGCAAGAUCGGGGAGCUGGAGAAGACCGCUGCAGAGCACAAGCAUCAGUUGGCUGAACAGAAACGAGAUAUCCAGCUCCUGAAGGCAUACAUGAGGGCCAUCCGCAGUGCCAACCCCAACAUGCAGAACCUGGAGGAGAGCAUUGAGUACAAUGAGAUCCUGGAAUGGGUGAACUCUUUACAACCUGCCCGUGUCACCCGCUGGGGCGGCAUGAUCUCUACCCCUGACGCCGUGCUCCAGGCCGUCAUCAAGCGCUCCCUCAUUGACAGCGGAUGCCCACUGUCCAUCGUCAAUGACCUCAUCGAAAAUGCUCAUGAGCGCAACUGGCCACAGGGCCUGGCCACACUGGAAACCAGGCAGAUGAACCGGCGGUACUAUGAGAACUAUGUGGCCAAGCGCAUUCCUGGUAAACAAGCCGUGGUGGUGAUGGCCUGUGAGAACCAACAUAUGGGGGAGGACAUGAUCCUGGAGCCAGGCCUGGUCAUGAUUUUUGCCCAUGGGGUUGAGGAGAUUUUAUAGUCCUCACUCAUUGUGGAAAUGGGGUGGCAUUGGUGUGGAGUGGCACAGCAUGGCUCCUUCUGUUUUUAUUGCUCCAUGGUGGCUUCUAGAAAAUGCUUCUUACCCGGGUUUGGCGUAUUCAGCAUUUUCUUGCCCCCCUCUAUAAAGGCUUAGAAGUGGGUAAACGAGAAGACUGACUUAUAUGAAGGCCACCAACGUCAUGAGCUCUGAGAGGGUGCCUCCUCCCUUUGACAGCUAUGCCUUACAAGGACUUUUAAAAGACCCAGCCCCUAUUCAUUGGACCAAACUCACAACCAAUCCUGUUCUUUAUUGGUUCUAUGCGGCUUUAUCACAGACAAUAAACCACAAACGAAACAAUAUCCUCUUCUCUAUGUCCCAUGCUUAGUACAAUGGCAGAACAUGUUUUUGACCCCUAGUCAGAUGGCCUGCUAAAUGUGAACAUGCUCUGACCUUAGAAGAUUCAAGUAUGCAUCAGUCAACAUUGAUAAGACAAGAAUGUUAAAUGUUUGAUGUUUUUGAGCUAUUACAAAGUUUUGAUUUUAGAUGCUAAGGACUGGAAUGAGUUAGGAUGUUUCUACUGAUGAGGCUCAUCAUCCCUCUACAAUUUUUGAAGUGAUGGCCUUGAGACAAGGCUGUGUGCAAGACAACUACUUGUAUAUGUCUGUGUGUGGAUGUCCUUUUCCUGAUAAAAUGGUUCAGUUGUUCCACCCAUUCUUUUGUUGAUGUUUGAAUGGUAUUAACAUCCAAUGUGAAAAAAAGGCUCUGUAAGCUCUGCCCUUAGAACCACUUUGGAUAUCCAAUCAGCGUCUGAUCUGAAGAUACAAUUUGGAACUCACAUCACAUUUUUUUUUUUUUUUUUCUUUUUUUUUUUUUUUAUAAACCUCUGCCAACUUCAUGCACACUUUGAGCAGACUGCAGACCCAGGACAGCAUUGCCUUUUCUGUAGGAAAAUGGUCCAAGGCAGUCAAGUUUUUUUCGGGGACAUUGGACAUCUCUUGGACUUGCAGUGCUUUAUGUAGGUUGAGAGCUUAUGUAAAUAUGUAGACCAUGUGUUGUUCAGUUUUAUGGAUACCACUUCAUGCAUAAGCAGUACAAAGUGAUGUUGGAGCUGUAUCAAAAAUUGUGGAGAGCUUAAUAUUGUAUUUUCUUCAGUUUGCUUGAAUGUGCAUAGUAAACAUUGAGUGGGUCCAAGGUCCAAGGUUAUGUUGCAAUACAGACCUUCCAUGGAUAACCAGUGUAUUUUAGAGUGCUGUUAUAAGGUAUGUCUUCUGUAAUCAUGUCAAGUAUGGAAGAACUGAGAGAAUGAAUACCUUACCGUACUGUGUUUAUUUUUUUGUGUGUCCUGGAUCAGAUUGCUUUGCACACUCCUUAUUAGUGUUCUAGAAUCUGACAAGAAUGCACUAAUUCACUGUUUCUGCUCUUAACUUGCUACCAAUAAUGGCUGUCACUUUACAGGCCAUCACCCUUGUGUUUCCUCCAUCACAGUGUACUCAAUGACUUUAUCAACAGGAAUCUUUCUUUUAUUGUGAGACAGUAAUAUGUCCAAAAAUAAAAUGACUACAAGGUAGUCCUCUUGACAAAA